GAGUAUAAAGUGUGAGGAGAAAGGCAAGCCUUGUCAGUAUCUUCCCGUAUUCCUGAGGAGCGGGCUCUCCCGUUUGGCGGAGCCGUUCUCAGGGUCCCGUCCCGCCGACGCCCUGCCCUCGCCCCAGGGCGGCGCCGCUCUCCCGAGGGCCGCAGGGGGCGGGGGAGCCUUUGCGGCAUCGGUUGGUGAGGGCGGGUAGUUCAAACCCAAGCGAGGGAAAGCAGCGGCAGCCGCACGCGAGGAGCCGGUGUGGGUGGAGAGAAGCGAAGCGGUUCCUCACUAAGGGCAACGGGCCCUGGAGCCGGGCGGCGAGCUGCUGAGGCGGCAGGAUCCCCGUUCUCUCUAGCCAGCCGGGGCGGGGGUGCCUCUCCCUCAGCCCUCCUCAGGGAGCUCCGCCGGCCGCUUCGGCUGUACUCGGUGGAAAGGGGACUCUGAUUUCCGUGCCCAGCGAUUUGCCAGAUGAGGGGGUGAAGCUGUUGCUUUGCUCUUCUCCGGCAUCCCAGGUGACUGAGAGACCCUCGGGUGCUGGUCCCUUGGUAGCCGUCUAUAAUCUUCACCACUGGGUUGUCAGUAGGGCUAAGCAAUUAUUUGAAUACAGCACCUUUGCUUUGGAAGAUCUCGAGUUACUUCACAAAUUAGGCAUGCUGACUGAACAUUAAGGUUCUAAACACGCAAGCUUGUGCACUUUUGUUCAACGUGUGAUUAGUUUGACUCUGUUUAACAAAAACACUCAUACUUUUAAAGAGUCAAAGUACCAAGCAGAAGAUGUCAGACAGUCGCCCAAUAAUGUUCAAUGUGCUUAAAAGAAAUAGAUUAACACCUCCUGGCAGCAAUUUUAAAUACUCCAGUUUUAAAGACAGAUGUUGUACUUCAGUAUUUCUGGGCAGCCCAUGCAAUGAGUCAGUAAAAGAUCCUGAUGUAGAACACAAAGAAACAAUGACUUUAUCAUUGCUACAAGAGCAUUCUGAGCAUAUUAAUCCAAAUGUCUUCUUUCCUAUGUCAUCAUCUAUUGAAAAUGAAAUUAGUUCUAUCUCAUUAUCAGAAAGAAGAGAAACAAGUAGAAGUGCAGAUUUUUUUGAAACCCCUAAAGUGAGUAGAAAAGGGUCCUCACUACGCAGGAGGCUGCUUUUAUCUAAGACUGUUCCAGCUGGCACCACUGUAGGAUGUUGUGAAAGGCAAGACAGUUCUUCAGGAAGCAUCAGGAAAAAAAUAUUCUCUUGUGUUUUAAGCUCUGAAGAAAAACUUUCACAAACUGCUUUGGUUUCUCCAAAAGAUAGAAGUGACAAACCUCUGACAACUAGCAUUUCAAAAAUUGAGGACUCUAAUCCUGAUUGCCCAAAACGGAGACUUUCCUUUUCACAACAAAGGUCUUCUACACUAGAUGAGUCCAAAUGUAAGGACCCCUUAUUACUAGAGCCAGAAUGUUUAUCUCCAAUUCAGUGUAAGGAUGUUACUGUUAGUAACACUAAUGAAUUAAAUGGAGGUGUCCUUAUGAGUGUUAGUGAUGGGUUGCUUAGGACCCCUACCUGCAGUGUGUCACCUGAGGCCAAUGAGGGUAAGUUCCUGACUUCUAUCAACAAUCUUGUAGAGAACUUUAACUUUGAAAUACAUGAUACAGACUCUCCCCCUGCUAAGCUGGCAAAUUACCCAGCUCUUUCAACACCUGAGGAUAGUGGAUAUAAUUCACUUCAUUUGGACAAAUCAGGAGACUCACUAUCUGAUCAUGAGGGAUCUUUCCCAGAGGUCUUCCAAAAAUAUAAAGAAGAUUCCAAAAUUCUGAAUAGUAAAAGAAAGGCAAGAAAACUCGAACGAGUUAGAAGAUUGUCCACUCUUCGGGAACAAGGCUCACAGUCAGAGACAGAAGAUCGUUAUGGCAGACCUUCUACUUCAGCAUGUUUGUUAAAAAAAGAAAGAAACUUUGUCAGUGAAGACCAUGCAUUAGUUUUAGAAGAACAGUCUAGUGGGGACCUAGUUGUAAGUCACAAAGAUCUCUCAAGAACUCCAGCUCUGAAACUAGUUCAUGAAAUUUGCUUGCAAAGACAAAGAUCAGGGCAAAAUCAAAUACCAGAGAAUACUGAUGGAACAGAAAUAUUUGCAUUGGAACAUGUUCUUGCUGGACUCAUUGGCAAGAAAAUGGGCCUUGAAAAAUUAGAUAUUUUAACAGAAUUAAAAUACAGAAAUUUGAAACACGUUCUUGCUAUAGUUUUAGAUGCUUUGACAGUGGAAAGUCUAUGCAGCAUUUGGAAAGUAAGCAAAAACUGGCGUGAAAUCAUUGUACAAGAUAAAAAUGCAGAUAAGAGGAGAAAGCUGUACAUAAAACACCUGAAAGAAGAAGCUGAGGAACAUUUAUUGAAAGCUGAAGAUGCUGCCACAAGACUUAAUGUUCUCAAUAGAUCUGCUCUAAGGCCUGUUCAAGCUCAAGCCAGAACUCCUGUAGUACAAACAUCAACUUCAUAUGCUGAACUUACACCCAGGAGAUGCAGUUCUGUUCCCCAUUCAACUAGUAGACAGAACGAAUACAUAAAAGUUGCUAAAACUCUGUUCACUGAUGAAGCUCUAAAACCCUGCCCAAGAUGUCAGUAUCCUGCUAAAUAUCAAUUGGUAAAGAAACGGGGACUAUGUAGCAGAGAGGCAUGUGGGUUUGAGUUCUGUAUAUUAUGUUUGCAUGCUUUCCAUGGGUCAAAAGAAUGUACUAGUUUAUCUGCAAAACAGAAUAACAAAAAAGAUGCUCUUCCAGGAAGUGCCCAAAGCAAAAGAAAUUUAAAGAGACUCUAAAUUUGUCAGGCGUCUAAGUCCUUAUAUUAAAUUCCUUUUCUCCUCCUCCUAAAUUCUUAAUCUUGUUCAUAUUCUUCCUAAAUAUAUGCAUUUUGAAAGUCUCAUUCAAUAUGUUUUUGCUGACUUAUCUUGAUAACGUCUCAUGUACAUGUCUUAAUCAAUGUAGUAUAUUUUUGUUUUUGAAAAAAGUGAACAUUUUAAAACAUUUUAUCUUGUUUUACCUGUUGUGUAGUAGCUAGGCACUUACUAACAUCUUAAAUCUUUUAAUAAAGUAUCUUAAAUGUAGUCUUCAAUAUCUUAGAUAUCUUCAAUAUCUAGCUUAG